AUCCCCGCCAGAAGAAGAACGGCUCGAGCACACACAGGCGUCGGUCAAACCUUGCUGAUCAGACUGUAAGGUUUCAAUUUGUCACGCUAAAGAAGUCAAAGAUGAUGUCUCCUAGCGCAAGAAAAGAGGUCAUGUCCGAAACUGUCAAAAUAAUUGAACGUAAGAUUCAGCCUGUCCUUUUAACCCAAAUGGUGACUUCAAAGUAUGUGCGUGUGAAGCCGACAACCAAGGAGAGACACCCCAACCUUAUCCAGAACUUUCCCACACACCUCAUCGAUGUGGGACUAGACAUCCACUUUGAGGUUCAGUACCAAAAGCAAACCUCCUCACAGCUCAUGGCCUUCCUGAAGACCAACUCUAAAGCUCAGUUCAUCACGCUGUUGACCUUCAUCAGACGUGAACUGGGCAUCAGUGAAAGAGCCGAAACACAGACUUACCUGAUGAAAGUGACCUCUGGCCAGAUGAACAUGGGCUCAGCAGCAGAUACAAAGGCCGCAGUGGUGGUGCCGCCGCCGCCGCCGCCGCCGAGCCCUCCGAAGGCACAACAAGGUGCUGACCUGCCAGACAUUAAGGGGCCCGUCUUUAAAGUGAAAUGCGCAAGCAACGGCACAUUGAUCUACAGUUGCAUCAUAGCUACCCGCACUGAGCUGUGGGACCUCAGCGACAUAUGCACAGGGGUGAGUCACGCCCUGUCUGAGGCUCAGAGCAUCAUGGAAAGUGGACCUUUUUUCCCCCAGCAGGUCACGGAUGUGGGGCGCAGCAUUGUCCCGGAGAUGACCCCAGCAUCGCAUCACGGUGAAGGAGAGGAGAGCGCUGGAGGUGGUGCUGACACAGAAGGGGCUUUGGGGAGCGCCGCAAUAUCUUCUGCGGAAAUACCUCCAUUUCAGAUUCGCAAGUUCGAGGAGAUGGCCGUGGUGGUGACUCGUGUAGUGGACCCGGGCCACUUCUACAUCCAGCACCAGGACUCCAAGCUAACGGACCUCUCCUCCCACUUGGACUUCAACAAGUGCAACACAUGCUUUGCUCAGAUGGACAGGGUUCCUGACAUCGGAAGUUACGCCGUGGGUUGGUUUCCCCAGCAACAGCAGUGGUGCCGAGUCCAGGUGGCCAAGAUAUGUGGGGUGAAUAGAGAUGCCUUUCAUUGUUCGACUGGUUAUGGUAGCAUCAAGAAUAUUGAAGUAGAGGUGCAGAGAGUCGAUUUCGGAGAUGCAGCUUGCCUCUCUCUGAAGGACCUCAGGGAAUUGAGUGAAGAGGUUGCAGCCUACCCUGCACAGGCGUUACAGGUGGCUCUGGCAAAUGUGAGGCCAUUAGAUGGGGAAGGGUGGACUGAUCAGGCGGUGAGCUGGUUCCAGGACAAAGUGUGCAACAGGACCCUGUAUGCCAGGCUCUUCCCCCAGGACCCCAGGGUCACCGUGGAGCUGUUCAUGGAGAGGGGGAAGAUCGGAGCCAUGAGAAGAGGAGCGUCGCUGUCUUUGAGACUGGCUCAGAAUGGACACGCCAAUCACAGUCAGUUAAAGAACACUGGCCUGAAGAGGAGUCUCGCUCAGGAGCGGUCAAGGAAAGAGGCAGUGGCGUGGGAGAAGUACCUCAUGACCUGCUAUGCCCACAACAAGAAGACCACCAACCUGGAAUCGAAAAUGAACUGGGGGACCUUUUACGCCGUGAUCAGCGGCGUAAACAGGCACUCCACGGGCAUCGGUCGCGUCUGGCUCUCCGUCAUCUUCAUCUUCCGCAUCCUGGUGCUGGUGGUGGCCGCCGAGAGCGUGUGGGGCGACGAGAAAGCCAUGUUCGUCUGCAACACGCAGCAGCCCGGCUGCAACAGCGUCUGCUACGACCACUUCUUCCCCAUCUCCCACAUCCGCCUCUGGUGCCUGCAGGUCAUCCUGGUGUCCACGCCGGCGCUGCUGGUGGCCAUGCACGUGGCGCACCGUCGCCACGUCGAGAAGAGGAUCCUGAGGCUGGCGGGCCGCGGCAGCAACGCCAAGGAGCUGGAGCAGAUCAAGAACCAGAAGUUCAAGAUCGUCGGCGCCCUGUGGUGGACCUACACCGUCAGCAUCGUCUUCCGUAUCGUCUUCGAGGUGGCGUUCCUCUACAUCUUCUACGUGAUCUACCCGGGCUUCACCAUGGUGCGUCUGGUCAAGUGUGACUCCUACCCGUGCCCCAACACCGUGGACUGCUUCGUCUCCCGGCCCACGGAGAAGACCAUCUUCACCGUCUUCAUGCUGGCCGUGUCUGGAGUGUGCCUCCUGCUCAACAUCUUCGAGCUGGUGUAUCUGGUGUGCAAGGCAUGCGGGAGGUUCUGCCAAGGAUCUGACAAGGAGGCCCGAGGGCCCUGGAUAACUCAGAAGCUCUCCUCCUACAGACAGAACGAGAUCAAUCAGCUGAUAUCCGAGCACUCGUUCAAGGGCAAGUUCACCGUGGGUAAGAAAAACCCAGAGAAGGAGGAACGGUGUUCGGCCUGCUAGCCUUUAAUGACUCUCUCUCUCUCUCAUUAUUUCACUCUUGUACUUCCUCUCUCUUUCUCUCUUGCUCUCUCUCUCUCUCUCUCUCUCGAUGUCUCUCUCCCUAAACUCUAACUGGUCACUGCUAAUCAUUCUGGAUUACAAGCCACAGUAUUGACAUCAUUCAUUUUACUGACAAGGGCAAGAUGUUGUUUUCUGUGGCAGGAACCGUUCGCUGUGUUUCAAUGUCAAAGCCGAUUUGAAGCUCAAAAACAGAAAAAAAAGUGAGGAAUCCCAAAAUACGGUGCAAACGUCCACUACUUUCAUGUGGCUCCUGUCAAAUGUGCUGAGAUGUCAAAACGCAUUACUGUGGAAGAACUGCAGAUCAACAUUAUGGAUCUAAGGCGGGAAACUGAGUAAAUUAUUUUCAGGGUGAGAUUCCAACGUGCUCUUCACCAAAAAGAACAAACUGCUGUCAAGAUACAGCACUGACACUUUUUGACAACAAAGGCACAGAAACAAGAAAGGGGAAUUUGGCUUUUCACCGCUUGUUUGUGAGUCAUUGUGAUUCACUCUGUUAUGCAAGUGAAAGAGAGAGGAGAUAUACAAGUGUUCAUGGAUAAACUGUAGAUCACAGCACAGUAAAAUUGCGGAGCAGGGCUUUUAGCAUCCAAACAACUGGAUGAAAGCACAAGUGUGUAUUUUAUUAUCCAUAAAACUUGAGUUUGUUAAAAAUAUAUAUAUGUUUGGAUGUAGUUUGAACUAAUCGCUAGAUGACUUUAGAAAUUCCAUGUAAAGAUUUUUGAACGGAAUAAAAUAUUGAACUCUGCUUAUUUAAUGAUAAAAAAAAAUGGCAAGCAUGUGUUGGGAAAUUCUACAAAGGAAAUUCUGAUCGUAGUUCCUAUUGCUCUUUACAAGUCAGAAGUUAUCUCUUGCUCGCUAAUCCAUCUGUCUUAUUCUAGCCAGCGUGACCUGUUGACCCGUGGCUAAGCGCUGUCGUUUUUACAGUAGGUCACAUGGGCUAAACGUAUGAAUAGCAUAGGCUACAAUGGCAGCGCCCAUUUUAUCAUUUCACUCUGACCAUAAGUGUAUGUUUCACGUUUUUUCUCAAUUGGGGCAGUUCACUUAACAGGAAUUCAUUUUUUUCUUUUUCAUGCUGCAAAAAAAAGUGCUGCUUUUGUAGUUGACAUUGUAACAUUGCUCAGAGUAUUUGUAAUCAAGUUGGUCUCUUUCAGCAACACCAAGUGAGCCACACAAUCACAAAGCCCUGCUUGAAUAAAGCCAGGGUAAUAUAUUUAUUUACCAAGUCGUUUGUUUUACAGGUAGUAAAGAUGUUGGAGAGAACAUUCUCCUUAUUAGAUUGGUUUUCUCUCUCUUUCCUCCUCUUGUUUACAACAUUAUUAACGCUACAGCACAUACCUCUGUUUUUCACUAAAACUGUAAAUAUGGUACAUCAUUUAUUGUUCACUUGUGAAUAAAGAUGCAGAAUCA